AUAUAAAAACAGGUUUACGGGAAAAAAGGUUUGCAGGAUACUUCCUAAAAAAAACACUGUCAGGAGUUUCUCGGAUCGUUUUUUCUUCAAGCGCCUUGCAUUGGUUUUCGUUUGUUUUUGGAGAUUUUCGACAACUUUUUCAAAUAUUCUUUCAAUUUUGACUUUUUCUCGGUUUUAUACUUCUAGGUACCCCAUCAUCUCUGUAUUCGCAUAUACCGGUCUUGCCGUUCUCGCAGGCACACUCGGAUUCCGUGUAUACAAGACAAUUGAGGCGCAAGUGAAGAAAACCAGUGGAGAGAAUCCCUUCCAAGAAUAUCUCUCCAAGGACCUUACACUUCCUCAGGAACGAAUUCACGCCCAGGUAGAUGUGCUGGUUGAACAUGCUGCACUUCUCGCCAACCAUUUGAAGAGACUCAUUUUUGUUGAAAACAUCGUUGACAGCGCUAAGUUUGCGCUUAUUUUGUGGGCUAUGACAUAUAUCGGUUACUGGUUCUCUGGAUUCGUCCUUGUAGUGUUAGCUGUUCUUGCUGCGUUCUCGGUUCCAAAAGUCUACGAAAUGUAUAAGGAGCAGAUUGACGCACAACUGGCCAUGAUUUCUCAGCACAUUAAGAAGAUUUCUGAAGAAAAACUACCAUUCUUGAAGAAAUUGCCAGGAGAAGGUGAGAAAAAGGAGCAGUGA